CGUUCACGACCUAGUCAAAGAAAAUGUUCCAGAAGAAGUUCCAGCCUCCCGGCCUAUUGAAGAGCCUACCCCCGCAGAAGAGUCUACUUUCAAACCAAUAGAGGAAUCUGGAGACGCACCUCUACCUACUAUAGAAGAAGCAGUGGCCAAGGAAGAAACCCCAGCAUCUCAAGACGACGCCCCUCAAAUUGAAGAGCCUGCGCCAAGCCACGAUGAGACCGUCGCCGAGGUUGAGCCUGAGCUCAUAGUCAAACAAGAGUCACCUCAGGAAGUAGAUGAGCUAGCUCCCGAGCCCGAACUUCCAACUGAGGAGAGCGAUGAACCCGAAGUAACUAUUCGUGACACAUUGCAGUCCGAUGAUAGUUUAGAGGUCAAGACUCCCGCAGAAUCCCCGCCUGGGAAGGUAAUUGCCACAGAAGAAUUGCAGCCCGAACAGGAGCCCGAACCAGAGCCAGUGAUGCCAGAUAAUUCCGAGGAGCCGCAAGCGGAUAUAGCUCCCGAAGCUCCUGCAGAAGAAUCACCCGAGGCAGUCUCCGAGGUUGAACCUGAACCUGAACCUCCUGCUGAGCCGGCCGACGUAGCAGAACCAUCUGCACCUCUACUAGAACCACACCCCAUCGAUAUCGCCGAACCCGAGCCCACGGCAGACGCUGACCCCGACGAUAUCGCACCACAAGAAACAGUAGAAGCCGAACAGGCACCAGCUGAUGAACCAAUUACCGAGUUAAUGGUUGAAGAGGCACUUCCGGAGGUAGCCGAAGAGGAGGCCGCGGAGCCAGUUCCAGUUCAGGAACCCAUCGAGCAGCUAGCCAAGGAAGCAACUGAACAAUUGGUUGACGAGCCACCUGCUGAGACCGCUGAGGAGCUAGUCGCUGCAGAAGAUUCCAGUGUUGUAGAAGAAGCCGGCCUUGUUGCUGAAACCCCAAUUGCUCUAGAGGAUAUUAUGCAAGAUUCCACGAUCCCAGAAGAGCCCGCGGCAACGGAGGAGCCAGGGUCCCAAGAGGAGUUAGCUACAAUACUGGAAGAGCCUACAGUUGCUGGCGAACUACAAGAGGAAUUACCCGCCAUACCCAGAGAAGAGAUUAUUCCGGAGGAGCUGACGACGACGGAAGAUCUUGUUAUUCCAGAUGAAACAGAGAUCGUUCCGAUAGAAGCUACUCCCGCCGACGACGUGGCCGUGGAAUUAUUGCCCGAGCCUGAGCCUGAGCCCGUCGCUAUUGAAGAGGAGCUCGUUACUCAACAGGAUGUCUUACAGGAAUCUACUACCGUAGAAGAUUCCGUCCCUGCAGAAGAAGCCACCCUUGCAGAGGAAUCGCCGAUUCCGGUGGAUGUCCCAGUUGAGUUGGGACCGGCCCAAGUUGAAGAGAGUCCUGAUGAGAAACCCGGCGAUGUGCCAGUGGAGUCUGUUAUUGAAGAGCAAAUCAUUCCAGAGAAGUCACAGGAACAAGCGCAGGCUCAACCACAAGACGAGGCAGAAAUCCCAUUGGAGAAGGCCGCGAAUGGUGAAAUCCCCAUUGCCGUGGACUCAGAGCCGCCCCUCAACGAAACAGUCAAUGAAAGUUCCGAGGAAGCACUCGUUGAGCCACCGGAAGUUUCCGAAGGCCAAGUCAGUAUCCAACUUGCUACGGAUGAUACCGAGCAAUUGGUGCAAGAACCAGCAUUGGAAACUAUCAGUGAGCUUGUUGAAGAGUCUAUCGAAGAAUCCGCCGAAGAGCCCGCUGAAAAAGCCAUACAAGAAUCCGUUCAGGAUGCAGCUGAAGAGACGGUACCAUCCGAUCUCCCAAUCGCAAGCGAGGGUGGAUCAUUAGAACCGCAACCAACGGGACCAGCAGAUGAACCAUCUGCUGGAAUCCCAGAGGCUGUCGAAGCUGAAGCUCCCACUGCUGAACAAGAUCCAACUACGGCAGAACAAGACUUGACUGUCGCUGAUACGGAAGUACCUGUCGCCGACGCAUCUUCACCAAUAGAGCAAGAACCCGCAGACGAGCUUCGCGAGCCCGAACCGCCAGCCGAAGAAAAGGCUCCUAUUGUCGAAUCUGAAGACGAACCACACGACGACCAGGCGAUUAGAGCCGAAGAACAGGACGCCGUCGAAUCCAAAAGUCUCGCACUACAACCACCAGAAGACACAUUGGCCACUGAACCAGACGUCGACGAUGAGUUCGUUGUCAUUGAAAAAGCCGACGUGAGAGGGUUUGAAGAAGCCACGGAUAACAUCGGCCUCGAGCAGGAACCACCACGCGACAAAGCGCCAACCACAGAAGAAGUUUCUGCUCAACAAGAACCUCCCGAAUCGUCGCCCAAAGAGCCGGUGGAGCAUCAAGUCGCAGCCUUAGAUGAAUCGCCAACCCAAGAACAGGCCGAUGUUAGCGAAGACAAGCUUUCGGACGAGAUUCUAGCCACACAUGUGAGCGCCGAGGAAUCUCAAAAGGUUAGCGAUGAAGUUAUCGCCGAUAAUCCUGAAGCUCCCACGGUAGAUGCGUCCGAAGAACGACUAUUUUCGGCUUUAGAGGCAGCUGAUGACCAGGAAAGACGACCUGGUGAGUCCAUCGUUGAGAGUGGCAUUAUUGAUACCGAACCACCUGUGGGACCAGCCACAGAAGAUGAUACCCCUCAAGAUCGUGGUCAGGGUGCCGCAGAGAAAGACACCCUAGAGGAUCAGUCAGUUGAUACAACUGCAACUCAUACCCUAGUCGAUAUUUUAGCUGAUGAUUCCGGUAUCGCGCCGCUCGAAAAGACAAUCCAGGAGGAACCUGAAGUCAAACCAGACGUCCCAGAGGAAGAUGCGCUCCCAUUCGUCAGCACAAAAGAAAUCGCCAGUGAAGAACCUGAGGAGGUACCUGGUGAUAUUGGUCUAGUCGAGACUCCUGACCAAGAGUCCAAGAGUGUGCCGGAGCCCAUCCCCAAGGAAGCAGAGCAAGAGAAAGACUCGACAUCCCAACAAGAGCCCGAAAAAUUAGAAGAACCAGUUGAGCCGACAAGUGUCUUGCCAGCCCACGCAGCAGAAGAGAAGGGUGUUAUCCCAGAAGCCAAAGAGGAUGGCCACUCUAACUUAGUCGAAGCGGGAAUUGUUGGGGCAGCCACUGCUGCAAUUGCUGGUGGUACAAUUGCCCAUGGGCACACAUCUGGAAAGGAGACAUCUGACCAACCCGCUGAACACAUUGCCGAAAAGCCAAAUGAGCCUCAGCAAAUAGCUGUGCACACUGGCGAACCUGAAAUUACGCACGGUGAAUCACUACGCGAGAAAGAAACUUCCGGUCUCAAACAAUCAGAAAAACCAAUUAUCCAUGAAGCAGGUGAUCAAUGCGCAAUUGUCUCCGAAGUUUCUCGGUCGGUAGACCCCGUCAAUGUCACUAUCUAUGAGGCUCCAAGGGAUUCAAGGAACUUCGACUCCGUAGCACAAGAUGAGCAAGAAGAUCAGGACCUAGCUCAUGCCACCACAUCUGAGUCUCCCGAGAUAGUGGCGGCCAACACGCCUCUUGAGGAAUCUUUUACAAUGAUUGAGAAAGAACCAAUUCCUCAAAGAAGCAGCAAACGGGCACUUAGACCGUCUCUAAAGCAUUCAGGUACACAGACUGAAUCUGAUUAUGAAUUUAUCCCUAACGAGGCUCCAAGUCCAUACGGCUACUUCAAUCCUGCUGACUUGAUACCUCGAUCAACAACUCCAGGCAUUGUUCUUCCUGACCUCACAGAUUCUAGGGCAAGGGCCUUAAGUCGUGCAAAAAGCGUCAGGAAGCAACGUAGACGAACCCUUAGGAACUCGGAGGAAACAGUCGCGGCGGCCGUUAUUAUAUACGCCGCCGCUCGGGAGCUUAGUCCUCCGCCCGAUACUCGCUUAGGUAGUGCCCAAGUCGAGAAAGAUGUUGCAGAAGUUCUGGAACAAGCUCAGGGGGUCGCUCAGAAAUCGGAUGACGUUUCUUCGUUAGGGGAUGUAGCAGGGAAUCAGAGCGUUGGCCAGAAUGAUUUUUCACUGCCCGUUGCUGACCUGGUUACAGACGACGAAGAAAAGAAGUCCGCAGACGAGCGACACCACCGGCAUCGGCAUCAUCACCACCAUCAUCAUCAUCAUUCGUCACGAUCGAGGGAUAGCAAGAGUAGCAGCGAGCACAUACGUCACCGCAGCAGUCGACCAGACAACAACCCCUCUAUUAAGUCUACUUCCGACCGUUCAGCCCCACCUACGCCAAAGAAGCAAGAUAGCGGUGUUUCAUUUGAAACCUCGCACAGUUCCUCGAGCCGAAGACACCGUACUCCCGAAGAGCAGGCUGCCCAUGACAAACGCAAGGAAGAAAGACGCGCCUCUCGCGAAAUCCACGACAAAGUGAAGGAGAGCAAAGGCAAGGAUCCAGAACCUCCGGUCGGGGAUAGACAAUCUCACCGAAGUUCAAGGCGGCACAGCAUCGCCCAAUCCGAAAAGUCUCAAACUGACAGACGCACUGAAAAGUCAUACUCGGAGAGGCCUUCCGAAAAAUCCUUUUCUGACAGGAUGUCUCAAAGAACCCAAUCCGAGAGGGUCUCGUCAAAAGGAGAGACUUCAUCCUCGAACAAGAAAUUCUUUGACUUGAAGGGCGAGAGUAUCCUAGCUCCAAACGUUGCUCCUCGUACCAGGACCAACAGUACAAAUGGCACUUCGAUUUCCAAGGACACGCCGAAGUCAGGAACCCUAAAGCGAUCUAGCACUACUAAGUCUCACAGAGAAUCGGUGGAUCUUUCUCGUACCAAGAGUCACCGCUCCCAUGAUGACUCCUCUAAGAAACGAAAGACAGAAUCGAAGAAUAGUGUGGAGGCCGGAUCUUCUAGCCCUAGGUCUUCGCCAUCAAAGGAGGAAGUCAAACAUCCAAGACGAGAAGAAAGACGGAAGGCUCGAGAGGCUGAAGAGGCAGCGGAAGCCGAAGCUAAGAAGAAGUCGAAACUCGGCGCCUCUUUCAAAAAGUUUUUCACCUUGGGGUUGAACAAAUCAAACUCAUAAACGACUAUCGGCCAGAAUGAGCAUCAUAGCGGGAUAAAAACAACGACGAAGGGGCUUAUGUGAUACUAACGAGGUUACGCUGCUGUUUCUUAUGUAUGGGUGAGUGAGUUGCUACGGGAUGUUCUUGUUACGCUGGAUCAUGAUUUGUCUUAUCUGUAAUGCCACGAUAUGUAUGGAUUUAUGUGUAUGAGGUUACGAAUUUUCAAUCUUGUUGCGGUAUCGAAGGACUCUUUUCUUUCGAAAAAGGAAUCAAAUGUAAACAAAAGGGAUUUCUUUUUGAUGUGUUACCUUUUAAAAUACGAAUGGGUGGAUUUACGAGCUCACUUUACUUUGAAUACAUCACCAUACUCUCUUUAAUCACCGUCUAAAUAUUUAGAUGCCUCUUACUUACCCACGUACUUCAUGAGACUUUAGCGAUGUAUGUAAGGCGAUUACAGCGAUUCUUACUAGGUAACCCCCCGAAAGAUUCAUACUCGAAUAAAUAAUCAUUACCUACCUAG